GGGGAGAAAUUUUGUCCAGCUUCCUUAAUAGAUGGAGUACUACACGAAACUCGUUUCUGCAUUUAGUCGUUGCGGUGUCGAUCUGGUUUGGAGGCAAGAAUUGAAUAUUCAUAAUGGUGAAUUUAUUUUGAAAUGUAUUGUGAGUGCAGGUGGAUGAAUGAGCUGCAGCUGUAUGUUGUGAACAGGUUUGUAGGUGUGAAGAUGAAGAAAGGGUUGAGAAACUUGUGCAUCGGAGAGGGCUCCACCUCCAUUCUGGAGGAAGAAAAACAAAGAGAAAGGCAACCAACUUUGGAGGAGAUGAUCCUGGGGUUGGAGAUGGAGAGUGGAAAGAGCAAGGUAGAGUUGCAGAGAAUGUCGUGCGUGAGCAGCUGCGACAUUCUAAGGAGCGCGAGAAAGGCAUUGGAUGAGUAUCCACGGUUCUCUCUGGAUGGGAAGGAGGGCAUGUACCGGUCGCCCUUCACAAGGGAGACGGAGGCAGAGAAGAUGCGUAGGCUGCCAGCGGUGGUGGGAGGGGAGAGUGUUAUUUGGUGUAAACCGGGGGUCGUGGGGAAGCUCAUGGGGCUGGAAGCCAUGCCGAUUCCCUUGAACACCAAUUAUAGGAGGGAGAGGCUUAGCGCCAUCAUAAGGCGGCAAAAGCAGGCGGAGGUGGAGAGGCGGUGGCGGAGUAGGAGAGGGGUGGUGGGAUCUUGCUCAAGAGCUGGAUAUUGUGUUGUCAAACCAAAUGCUCGAGGAAUUGGGUUGCUUCAACUCCAUAGAUGAAAGGAUAUUUAAGUUUGUGUUGUUCUGUUCUGUUGUAGUAUGUGUUAUGUUCUCUCUUAUGCUACUUUUUGUUAUUCUAUCAACAAACUAAUUUUGUAUGCGAUAUACUACAAUAUUGUUCUA